UUUGCUUUUUGACAAUGUCCUCGUUCGAUGCACAGCAACAACAGCAGCAGCCAGUCAAGCGGCUGUUUGGUGGCUUGCUGAACAUUACAACGCGAUCCUCGUCCGCUGCUGCUUCUGCUUCUGCUUCUGCUUCUGCUGCCUCUGCAUCAUCGACUCCAUCGUCAGUAUCAUCUGCAUCACUGACCUCUUCAGGACUUGCCCCGUCCUCGUCCUCGUCCUCGUCCUCGUCGCUGCUCUCGCUGCACCGUGCUUCAAGCCCGUCCUCCUCGUCGUCCGUGCUUGGAUUGUCGCUUGGCACGCUGUCCACAACCCCGACUUCCACGACUUCCACGACUUCCACGACUACCACGACUUCUGCUUCGACUGCUGCUGCUGUUGCUGCUGCUGCUGGAUCUGGGUCGGGGACGGUCCUGCGCAACUUUGGCGGAGUGCUCGGAUCUGCGCUCUCGUCCCAUGCUUCUUCAUCCUCAUCCUCAUCAUCGUCGUCGUCGUCUGGCUCAAGACCAUCGUCAAAUGGCAAUCCGAGCGCAGGAGCAUCAUCAGGAACUGGCUUGUCAAGCACAAUGCUCAUCGGCGGCGGAAUGGGCUUCCCGUUGUCGUCCUCGCUCUUGUCUGCGGAGGACAGCAACAGCAGCCAGCUGAGCUCGUCCUCGCGCUCGCUCACAAUCAAGCUGAGACCGUCUGCUGCAUCAGCAGCGGCAUCACCGCACUCAAACAGCGCGACAAUCGCGUCGCUGGCGUCGCCGUCCCCGAGUCGCCCGCAGCCAAUUUCCUUCACGGGAUCCACGGGCCGCACGAUCGACGCGGGCUUCCUUGGCAGCAGCAGAUCGAGCAUGGGCACUCCAUCCCAGGCGUCGUUGCACAGUGCCCCGGACCUGGACGCGACAGAUAGCGGCUUCCCGGGCGAAGACGGCCCCUACCCGCAACCGCAGUCCACUCCCGUCAAGCCCCCUACUACGGCGAUUGGCGAGCUGCGGCAGGCCAUGGCGUCGCGCAAGUCGCACAGUCACAUUGCGCUCACAUUGCCAAUUCAAUGCAACAUUUGCUUGAGCAAAGUGCGACGGCCUUCCGUCUGCCCAAACCUGCACGUCUUUUGCGGCGACUGUCUCGAUCUGUGGCUGGCAGUCAAGCAGGCCUGCCCCAUGUGCCGGACACCCAUCAGCGAAACGCAGCCCUUCCGCACCCUGCACGGUGCGAACGCCACCGACUGGCAAACUGAAGCCGACCAGCACCUGGCCGAAGGCGGCUCGUCGAGCGACCUGCCGCUCCCCGAUGACGAAGAGUUAGAUGAGCUGCUCAUGAAUGAGCAGCUGGGUACCCUCCCGACUGCUCUAUUGUUGCGCGACAAGCGCGCCAAAGGCAGUGCUGGAAACACGAGCCUGUCCGCCUCCGUCCUGAGUUGGUUGGGAGAAAUACAAUCCACCAGUUCGACCGACUUGCAAGUGCGCGACGGGCUAACACAUCCCUCGACUUCCCAGCCCAGUCAAUUGGAAGACCGCAUGUUGCUGCGACGAACACGAAUGUCACAACUUCAUACAGAAUACGAUCGCGAUUUUCAAAUCUUGUUGGGUUUGCUCAAGCAAGAGCGCCGCGCCCGGAUCAAGCUUAUUCAACAGCUGCAAGACGCCAAGGCGAGCGCCGUGUCUGCUGGAACCACAGCCACCUCCGCGCUGCGCUUGGUAACGCUCGUCAACACUGCCACACCCAAUGCCACUGGUGCGGUGACGGCCAACGAAAAGGAGCAGCUUCAACUCUUGCGUCAGAUUCAAUCGUCGUUGCCCGCGAUUUCGGCAGCAGUCGUAGCUGCUGCAGCGACAGUCACCCCCGCACCCACUCCGGCCUCUGCAUCCUCCUCGACUGCUGUGCGCAAACUCGAUAUUGAUGACGACCACCAGGCCCAUUCUCGGAUGGAGGCCGACGGCGAUAGCGAGUGGCUCUGGGCAGCCAAUGCUGAUUUGGAGCGUGAUAAUCGCAACAUUCGCCGCCUGCUCGUUCAGGCCAAGCGCGAAAAUCUGGCCUUGAAAGACGACAACCAACGCCUGUCUGUGCACAAACCAGCCACCAACUACAAUACGAUGGCGUUACAAUCUAAAGUCGCAUCGCUUGAGCUGGAGGUGGAGCGGUUGCAAAAGGCGCUCACCAAAAGCGAUGAGUUUAUUGACAUGAUGCAAGCCGAACGAGCCGCGCAGUUCGGAGCCAACGCACCAGCAUCUGCUGCUGCUGCUCCUGUGCCGUCUUACAACGAGCUCGCCCGCCAAAAGGCCACAGCACAGCUUGCUGUUACCGCUGCUGCCGCUGCCGCAGCCGAAGCAGCAGCAGCAGCAGCAAGUGCGGAGGCUGCGCCGUCGUUCGAGGCCGGUUCGCCCUCUGGCGCUGAUUUCCUGUCCCAGUUGCUGGCUUCUCCCGCCAAGCCCGGCACGCAUCCCGACGACUCUUCAAGCUAUUCCAGCGGCGCCUCAGGCGUGCUUUCGGAUAAGUCGCCAGCAGGCCGAGCAGCUGUCCUGGCAGCAUCGCCUUCGCGGAUGCGUCCAGCCACUCGUCGCCAAAUGCUCUUGCAAAGCUCGUCCCCUGCCAACUUCCCCGAUCCGGCGAGCCCCGGACCCGAAACCCGCCAAGCGACCAAGCGCCGGUAUGCCGAUACCGAAGACGCGUUGUCGUCGCAGGUUGCCGGAACUCCUGCGCUUGCACAAGGUGCAUUGGACACCGGCAAGCCAAGCGGGUCUCCUCGCAAGCGGCUUCACUUUAGCGCGUCUUGAGGAGCAUGAGCUUGUCCUCUAUGCUUUUUGUUUUCGCUUUUUCUGUGUCUGUGUUCUGAGUUUUUUUUUUUUUUUUUUUGUUU